AUGGUACCUUGCUUGGCGGCGCCGUCUUCGCGGCGCAAGACCACGGCAGCGAUGCAGCAGCGAGGCCGUGGCAAGUCGACGAGCGCGCUGUACGAAGCCCGAGACACCACCCGUGUCCAGCGCGCACGGUCCUGCUAUCUUCCAAGCGCCCGAGCCUUUGACGUCGCGUGCCACUACAACGCCCAAGACCACUCGGUGGUUCUCGCGCACGGUGCCACGUUUGCCCGGGUUCUCGUUCAAGCGCUCGAAAGUGCCUGCGGUGCGCUUGCCUCAAGCGCCCUUGUCAUCGACGAGGCGACUGUCACGAAUGUUGUCGGCGUCGCGAUCACGACAGCUCGAACAGCGUUCCGCGGGCAGGAUGCGACGGCGGAAGCCUCGCUGAGCGUGGCGUUCGCGCAUCCCGAGACGCACAAGCUCUACGUCUACACGCUCGGCCGCGCCAAGGUGCUCGUCGUCCGGGAUCACGCCAUUGUCUUUGAGUCGUCGUCGGUCCUCCAUGGCUUCCACACCCCUGCGCGCGUGCGUGCCGCGCCCGACGCCGGUCCGUUGAUGGGACGCACCGAGGUGUUCCAGCUCGCGCCUCACGACAACGCACUGCUGUUGUCUGCGAGCAUCGCAGACACUUUGUUCGCAGACGAAAUUGCCGCCGCGUCGCCACGCGAGCUCGUACACCGGUGCACGCAGCGCACCAUGUCGCUCAUGCCCCACACGUCACCGUUGGCCACGCGAGCCGCGGCCAUGUACGCGCAGCUCACGCAGCGCGACGAGGCAGCGUCGGUCCGUCCGCUCCUCGGGCGCGCCCACUACGUCGCACCGUUUGCCCCGAUUGAUUUAUCGCAAAUCCACGCGCUGGCGACAACGCCCCGCCUGCCAAACGACGUCGCUUGCAUCGCGCUCACCGUUCCAGCCCCCGCGGCGCAGUAG